CAUUGACCUUUAUAUGACAUGUUUAGACAUGAUAGUACGCACGGUAUUCUGUCGGGCAUCUACUCGAAGUAGCGGUGUAAAAGCGCGAAUGAUAUCGCCGAGAAGAUUCAAGGCAACCAGAAGAUUUUCAACAUCGACUUCCUCAGAUAUGCCUACGUCACCUUCGCCAUCGAAGGCUUCAAUGCUAGGUGUGAUAACUGAGGAGCUUGAUAAAGUGUCACCUCGAUUUGAGAUACAGCCUUCCGAUAUCAGAAUCUUGCGUUCUCCUACCGAGUUCUAUGAAACUCUUAAGACCAAGAUAUCGAACGCAAAAAACCGUAUAUACUUAUCAACCCUGUACAUCGGCAAGACAGAACAUGAACUUAUUGCUACCAUACGCGGAGCUCUCCAGAAAAACGAGAAGCUCAAAGUCUCAUUUCUGACCGAUGCACUCCGUGGCACGAGAGAGACGCCCAAUGCCUCAUGCGCAUCCUUACUCGCUCCUCUCGUCACUGAAUUUGGGCCGGAACGUGUUGAGAUACGCAUGUACCACACACCAAAUCUCACAGGGAUUCGCAAAAAGCUCAUCCCGCUACGCAUUAACGAAGGAUGGGGCCUGCAGCACAUGAAGCUUUAUGGCAUCGACGACGAGCUGUGCAUGUCCGGCGCGAACCUAUCCGACGACUACUUCACCAAUCGCCAGGAUCGAUACCACAUCUUCUCCUCACCCGACAUCACCAAAUACUUCCACCGCAUCCACCACACCAUCAGCAGCCUCAGCUUUCUUAUCCAGCCAUCCCCCGACACACCCGCCGGAUACACCAUGACAUGGCCAUCAUCCAACCCUUCCCCCUCCCCCAUCUCCUCCCCCUCAACCUUCAAAUCAACCUCCACCGCCCUCCUCGCGCCCCUCCUCAAACCCUCUUCCCUUCCACCACCCCCUUCCUCCCCAACCUCAUCCCUAAUCUACCCCCUCCUCCAACUCACCCCAAUCCUCUCCCCCGACACAUCCACCGAACAACCCACCCUCCUCAAAAUCCUCUCCCUCAUCUCUCCCUCUCCUUCUGACCCAUCAACUCCGGACCUCCUCACCUCCCCCCGCUGGACCUUCACAGCCGGCUACUUCAACCCCUCCCCGCGCAUCUCCCGCGCCCUCCUCGCCACCCGCCCCCACGCCUCAACAAUCAUAACCGCGCACCCACACGCAAACGGCUUCUUCAACUCCCCAGGCAUCUCCGGCAUGCUUCCCGCCGCAUACACGCUUCUAGCGCGCCGCUUCACGGACCGCGUGCGCCGCGCCGGGCUCGCCCCCUACAUCACCCUCAAGGAGUGGCAGCUCGGCACAGUAAACACGCCUGGCGGCUGGACGUACCACGCAAAGGGCUUCUGGCUCACGCUGCCGCGUGAAUCACAGCAUCCUUGCCUGACGCUGAUCGGGAGCUCGAAUUAUACGAAGCGUAGCUAUGGGCUGGAUUUGGAGGCGAAUGUGGUUGUUGUGGCGCGGGAUGAGGGGUUGAGGCGGAGACUGGGUGAGGAGGUGGAGUGGUUGCAGGAGCAUGCGCGGGAGGUAGAGAGUGGAGAGUUUGAGAAGGCGGAGAGGAAGGUUGGGUUGAAGGUGCGGGUGGCGAUGUGGAUUGUGAGUGUUGUUGGGGGUGCGCUGUGAGGGAUUGGGGUGUGUGUGCAGUGUAUAGAGUGUAUGAGUAUUUGAGGCGAGGGCUGGGUUGUAAUGGCUUGAGUGUAAGUGUUGCGUGCUUUAGGUACGUAUGUUGAAAUAUUCUUUGGAAACGAGAACAAAAUAUAUAUUGCUUCGAUACGACCGUGACAUCGAAGCUCUUGAGAGUCAUUGGCCAUGUUCGGAACAGAGUAGUUGAUAGUUGAUACACCCAAAAGACUUGCAAAUC